AUGAGUCGUACGUUCAACAGUCGUAAGAAAAUAGAAGCUAGGCAAAGGAUGCUGGAAGCCGAGGCUGAGAAACAAAGGAAAGAAGAGGAGUUGAAGGAAAAUGAGCUUGAGAAAUACUGGGCAAUUGGUGCAAAGGUUCCUGGAAGGAAAGAAAGAGAAGAUGAAAAACGAAUAAUGAAAGAAAAGAGAAAGCAAGAGCUUAAGGAGCUUUAUGAGAAAGAAAUGAAUGGUUGA